UAAGACCUGAUCCCCUGCCCUGGUAGAAAAGUAUUGCCAUAAUAGGAUUUAUAUUUUAUAAACAGGCAUGUCUUUGAGGUCAAAGAAAUUGGUGGCUAUGGCGCUGCAUAAAACUGAAUCAGAUCGAUCAUCAAAUGAGCAGAAGUUAUUGCCCCUUUAUACCGAAGAUGACAUCCAAAUAGGUGUUCUGGAACCAUUAUCGCGUUGCCCCAUACAAGAUUCAUCAAGUAGGAAAUGUCACGGAGAAAUUAAACCAAAGCAAAAAAAUACUGACGGGUGCUUUUUGAAAGUGUCAUCUCAUUGUGAUGGUUUUUCUAUUCAGCCUAGUAUUGAAAAUGAGCGCGUUGAAGUAGUUUUUUACACAAAUAAUGAUGCAUAUCCUACCGACAUUGUUACUGACACCGAUGUUAUAAACGAUUGCGGCGACUCCAAUAAAAAUGACUCGUUGGCUGACACAGCUGAUGUUUCAGCUGGUACUAUAAUAAACAAUUAUAAUUUUGAACUAUCCACGACAGAAGACCCUAUUGCAAAUGAUAAUAACCAACAGCAAGAAACAGAAUUAGAUUCCAACGGCUAUAUUUUAGAGGCUGAUGACCUAGCCAACAAAAUAUUAAUAUUACCAGAACUGGAAGAUCAAACAUUAGUUGAACCUAUUGAACCUAUUAUUCCAUCCGAUGCAAUAGAAAAUAAUGCCGAUCAAGUGAUGAAAAAGCACACGAAAAAGCGAAAAUUAGAAAACGGAAGAGUUUCAACAUAUCGGUGGACCAAAAGGAAAAAAUUAAAUGCUCAGAGAUACAACAAAAACAUAAAGUUCAAAUACCAUGUGACGCCAAUAAAUGCCAAAAGAAAUGCUCAGAGAAGAUCGAUCAAGAUAGACGAGUAG